UGAACAUAGGAUCUUGACGGAUUCCGUUAAAAGAAAAUCGAGUAGGUUAUUUUAUUUUCAUUCUGGACUGGCAACAUUAUCAGUUUUAAUGUCAUUCAAGUGUUGUGAUUAUGACAUCUAUGUAACCUCUUCACCUUACGUAAGGCGCCUAAUAAAGAAAGAUGGGUAACAAAGUCUCAGCAGAAGCAAUGCAUAUAAAAACAGAGAAAAAUGUCAACCCUCCGCCAGAAUGUCCUAUGCAUAAUAAGACAAACGAUGCCGACAAUGCCAAAACUGCGCCUUCAGAAUGUCCAGUGCAACAUAGUAAAAACGAUAUUAAUCCAUACAACAUGAUGCCUCCUGCAAACCAACAACCAGCACCUGACCAACCAUUUCCCCUUCCAACAAAUCGACAAGUUUCUUCAAUUCCAAGAGCAAUGCCCGAUGGCUCAACUGAAUUUUGGGUUUACCCUAGCCAACAAAUGUUUUGGAAUGCAAUGCUACGCAAGGGAUGGCGUUGGAAGGAUGAUGAAAUAAAGCAGAAAGAUAUGGAUGAUAUAAUUCGCAUACACAAUGCAAACAAUGAACAAGCUUGGCAAGAAGUGUUGAAAUGGGAAGCACUCCAUGCUAAGGAGUGUGGACAUCCCAGGUUGAAAAGUUUUGGAGGGAAAGCAACUGAUUACAGUCCAAGGGCCAGAUUUCGUUCUUGGUUGGGGUAUGAGCUUCCAUUUGAUCGUCAUGACUGGAUUGUAGACAGAUGUGGAAAAGAUGUGCGAUAUGUUAUUGAUUAUUAUGAUGGAGGGGAAGUGGACAAUAAAUAUCAAUUUGCUCUCCUUGAUGUCAGGCCAGCGAUGGACUCCUUUGAAAAUGUAUGGGACAGAAUGAGAGUUAUGUACAUGAGAUAUCGGUAUGAACUCUUAGGCAACAAGGAGAAUACAAAAUUGACUAAUUAACUUCAUUCUGAUAGAAAUUUUUUAAGUUAUAUGUUUUAUUUACUUAAAUUAUGUUCUAAAAUGUUCUAAUGAUGUCCUAGUUUCACAAGAAUUAUGUUUAAUUGCCAUUUACUGCACAUAGUAAGAUUUCAUUGUUAUGUGGGGUUCCUUUGUCGGCAAAAUUUGUCACUGCAGAAACUCUUUGUGAUUCUAAUUUCUUGUUAUAUAAUUCGGUUUUAGUGUCAUAGUAUUAACCCUUAAAAAUUAGUUUUAAAUGAUUGCUUCU